AUUUGUGUGGGCAAGAAGGCCAUACAAAACCCAUGUGCCCAAAGAACCCUCCUAAACUCACUCAACUGUGUGUUAUUCCAUUCAAAAGUGAGAAUUGCAUCAGUGUUGGAGAGUCUGUGAAAAUGAGUGAAGUUAAAGUCAAUGGGAAAAGUGUAAAGGCCUUAAUUGACACUGGUAGUGUACAGACACUUGUUGAUAGAGAGCUGGUUCCAUCCAAUAUAAUCUGCACAUCAGACACCAUCCUUAUCCGCUGUGUGCAUGGUGAUGAAAGGCAAUACCCCACAGCAGACAUGUAUAUUGAAGUGCAAGGACAAUUAUACCUGUUGAAUGUUGGUGUUGCAGAAAAUCUCCCUUUUCCAGUAGUGUUGGGUAGUGACUUACCCGUUUUGUUUGACUUGCUGCACAAACCACAGAACUGUAAUGUAGUAACUCGUUCUCAAGCAAAAAAGCCAGAAGAGUCUCCUGCAAUACUGAGUGUGCUGCCUUUUUAUGAUGCAGACUUAGAUGUGCAGCCUGGAAAAUCUAGAAAAUCACGUCGACAAAAGCGACGGGAGAAGUUUCUGCAUACACCUGUUGCAUCUACAGAAGGGGUUCAGGAUCUGCCCCAAGGUUUUAAGAUGCCUUUAAACAUAGCUCAAAUCCAGCGUGAUGACUCCAGUCUGGCUGCUCUUUUUCUGAAAGCCAAGGAACCCCAGAAAGGUAACCACAGGGGUAGUGCUGAUGAGUUUGUUCUACAGAAAAAUAUCCUUUAUCGCCAACAGGGGGCAUUUAGGCAGCUUGUGGUCCCAAGGGAUGCAAGAGGGAUGGUGCUUACUUUGGGCCACUCAAUUCCCUGGGCUGGCCACCUAGGGACACAUAAGACUCUGGCUCGCAUCAAGCGCCAUUUCUACUGGCCUGGAUUACGGACUGCUGUUGCCCAGUUUUGUAGAACCUGCUCUCAGUGCCAAUUAACCUCCAAUAAGUUCCCUUCAAGAGCACCACUGCAGCCUCUUCCCUUAAUUGACACGCCUUUUGAGCGCUUGGGUAUGGACAUUGUGGGUCCACUUGAAAGAAGCAAAUCUGGAUAUCGAUAUAUGUUGGUGAUAACAGAUUAUGCAACCAAGUACCCAGAAGUGUUCCCUUUAAAGACAAUUAAAGCAAGAGCCGUGGCUGUCUCCUUGGUGCAACAUUUUUCAAGGGUUGGAUUUCCCUGUGAAAUUGUGACAGAUCAAGGCACUAACUUCAUGUCUGCUCUCCUAAAGCAGGUAUAUCAGCUACUGGGGAUUAAGGGUGUUCGAACUACCCCUUAUCAUCCACAGACGGAUGGGCUCACAGAGAGAUUCAACCAAACACUGAAGCAAAUGCUACAGAAGUACCACAGGCCUCCACCGGGUUCUCUCCCUUUGAACUUUUAUACGGUCAUGAGGUGA